AUGACGGAUUGCUUGGAGGGAUUGUUGAGCAGCAUGGUGAAUACCUUUAACAGUGAUUGCCCCUCUAAUGCUGAAGUGGAUCUAACCGAUGAUAAGACUUUGAAAUGGCGAAAUUUGUCCAAGAAUCAAUUUGCUGCUAAAGAUAAAGAUAAGAAACCUGGUGUGAAAUCAAUGACUACAACAGCCGCAGCAGAGGCAGCAGCAACAGCAGCAGAAAGUGGGGUCGAGCUAGACAAGCAGGAAAAUAAUUUAAAUAAACAGGAGUCUGCUGCUGUUGAGGACAAACAAGAGCAAAAGUUUAAAAAAGAAAAUGAUCAUGUAGGUGGUGAAGCAGCAGGUGGAGAAGUAAAAGAAAAAUCACUGGCUACUGAAGAAAAUCUAGAGCAAACAUUUAAAGAUUUACUAGAAGAAGAAGUUGAGGAGACUAUUAACAUGGAAAUUAAGGAAACAAAGUCCGAACAAUUAUUAAAAUGUAAUAAAGCAAAGGAAAUACUAAAUAAUGCUAAUAGCAACAACAACAACAAUAAUAACAGUAACAAAACCAAUCAAAAUCAAGCAAAAUUAAAUGAGAGUGCUAUUACUAAACAUGGGGAUGUAACAACAAACACAACCAAAGAGGUGCUUAAUAAUAACAACAACAACAGCAACACCGCAAAUACUCUUCAUGUUAAAAAACCAGAUGAUGUUGGCGUUAAUGAUGUUAAUAAAGAAGGGGAGCUAACUAAUAAUGAUGUUAAAGGUGUUAAAAAUGUGAGUAUAACUUAA